AGUUCACUACCUAGGUACAUAGCAACAUCAUCUUCCUCUAGCUCUAUGUACUAUCUUUUCUUGUUGCUACAUUCGAGCUCUACUAAUUGGAUCAACAAAAAAUUGUUUAAUUGAUCUCUAAGUCUUCCCUUUACUUCUCUCUAACUAGUGAUGCCAGAUGGGUCGUCGUUCUUCAACCGCUGUCACCGGGGUUGCUCGCGAUGACUCCGAUGAUGAGCUUGGCAUCGAUGACCACCCUUGGGAAUGGGUUUACCGACAAGCCCAGACCCCUGACUCGGCCACCAAGAGGAAGAGAAAUGACCAGCACGACAUCAUCGGCGCCCGCAUGGGUACUUUUGAAUGCUAUAUCGGUGAUUGCGUUCUGUUGAAAGCGGAGGGUUCGAAUGAGGCAUGGGUAGCUAUCGUCGCCGGCUUCCGUGAAACCGACGAUGACGGGGACAAGGCCGCUAAUUUUCUGUGGUUCUCAACCGAGAAGGAAAUCCGGAACAGUGACCGGAAAAGAAAGGACUUCCUCCCGAACGAACUUUAUAUUACACCAUCUUCUGAUGUGAAUCCCUUAGCUUCCAUCAAUGGCAGGGCUGUGGUUAUGUCCCAGCAUGAGUUUCUCCGGAGGUAUCCUAAUAGCAAGGUCCCUCGUAGCUCACCAGGCUACAAUAAGACCUUCAUCUGUAGGAGAGGGUGCAACACGAGGACUUCCACGUACACUGACGAAUUCGUAUGGGAAGACGUUUACUCAAAUAAAGAGGAUAUAGAUGACUUGCUAGAACUGGUGCAAAGCAACACGAGAUCGACGAGGAAGCGCAAACAUGAUGCCCCUUUAGAAGCUGACUAUGUUGCUACUCGGCCUGGACAGGAUGAUGAUUAUUAUUCCGAUGACGCUGUUCGUCGAACGGUAACCACCCCAAGGAAACGACAAAAACAAACACGGGUAGUGACGCCUUCUAAUCGAAGGGUCGUGGUGAAAAAGGCAUUGGAAUUCACUCCGCUUGCCACCCGUACCCUUUCCCCGAGUUACCACCAGGCAUCCCCCUUUCAGAUCGCAAGGGCCCAAUUGCAUGUUGCAUCAGUUCCCAGUAGUUUACCUUGCCGAGAGUCUGAGUUCUCCUUAGUAUACUCACAUCUCGAAGCUGCUAUUACUGACGGGUCGGGCGCGUGUAUUUAUAUAUCCGGCACACCAGGAACUGGGAAGACAGCUACUGUACGAGAAGUGGUGUCAAAAUUGGACGAAGCAGUGCGAUCUGAUGAGCUCGAUGACUUUAUCUUCGUCGAAAUCAAUGGGAUGAAAAUAACUGAUCCGCACCAAUCGUAUGCCAUGCUCUGGGAGGCCCUGAAGGGACAGCGCGUUAGCCCAAGCCAGGCACUAGAUCUCUUGGAACGCGAGUUCAAUAACCCGAGCCCUCGCCGAGUCCCCUGCGUCGUCUUGAUGGAUGAGCUAGACCAGCUUGUUACGAAGAACCAGAGCGUGAUGUAUAAUUUCUUCAACUGGCCGGGGUUAAGACAUUCGCGACUGAUUGUGCUUGCUGUGGCUAAUACGAUGGAUCUUCCGGAGAGGACGCUUAGCAACAAAAUCAGCAGUCGCCUGGGACUGACCCGUAUCACAUUUCCUGGUUACAACCACGAACAGCUAAUGAAGAUAAUCCAGUCACGGCUUGAAGGAGUGCCCGGGAAUAUUGUCGAGCCAGACGCCGUCCAAUUUGCUAGUCGCAAGGUCGCCGCCGUGAGCGGCGAUGCGCGACGCGCUCUUGACAUCUGCCGGCGAGCGGUAGAGCUAGCUGAAGCCGACGUCAGGUCCACGGAACCCGAUCCAGCGACGCCGAGCAAGAGAGCGAGAGCAAGAGCAAAAGGAGGUGAAGCUGAGAAACCGAAAAACCCCAAAGGUAAGGUCACCAUCUCCACGGUCAAGCGAGCGAUCAACGAAGCGACCACGAGUCCAUUGCAGCAAUACUUGCGCGCCCUUCCGUUCGCCUCCAAGCUAGUACUCGCGUCCCUGCUUGUGAGGAACGAGCGGACAGGUCUACCCGAUAGCACAUACGGCGACAUAAUGGAAGAGAUGAACCGGGCUCUCAUAAUAGAUGCUGGGAGCCGGCGGGUCAGCUUGCUGAAACGGACGGCAAAGAGAAGUUCUAGGGCGGACGUCACUACGCGGAGGGGAGAGUCUAUGCUUGUAAGGCCGGCGGGGAUUAGUACUGCCGCCGUCGACUUGACUGGUGCCGGGAUAAUCAUACUGGAAGGCCAGAGAGCCGAGCGGCCGAGCAAAAUUCGGCUUGCCGUGGGCGACGAGGAGAUUAAACUUGCAUUCCGAGAUGACCCCGAAAUUAGGGCGUUGGGUAUAACAUUCUAGUUCACAAAUUAUAAUACCAGAGCCGAGGUUCACGACGUGAAUAUUCCCUAUUUGCCAUCCUCACCCCCGCCCACAAUGA